AUGAAUGAAAGUCGCCAGUUCAAAGCACACAAGGUGAUCCUGGCAGCGUGCAGCAAGCACUUCCAGGAAUUGUUCGACACGGCGCCUCCGAGCCAUGCGGGCGCCUGCUACGUCAUCUUGGAGGCCACCACGGCAGACAACAUGCAGGCCCUGCUCGAGUUUAUGUACAAGGGGGAGGUGCACGUUAAGGGUCUAUCGAUGGAGAUGUCCAAAGACGCUUGGGUGAAGCAACAGGCCCAGCAGUCGUCCGACCGCCACCAAACCCGCAUAAAGACUAGCCCAGUGUCGGGUUCUGGCAAUUGCGAGGUCCAAGAAUCUGGUCCUCCUCAGCCACACACGGCCACGUUCGCCCCGAUGCCCCAAUACGGGCUGCAUAUGCAUAGCAACACCGGUACCAUGGGUCGGCAAAGCUCAUCAUCCUCGCACUGCGGCAGCGUCGCGGACGAGCCGGACACGCGCUCGUCGCCCGGCGCCGGCCCGCGGUACGAGGAUAACCCCCCGGACUGCACCUCAACGCUCGGCAACCCCACCAAGAACAACGGCUAUGAACGCAGCGCCUCGGUCAACGACGAAAUGAUGGAACGGCUUUCUAACGAUCAAGGUGCUGAAGCUUGGCUUCCAUUGCAUGAUAAUGGUAAUUCGGCUCCGCGGUAUAAGGACAAUCCCCUGGACUGCAGCUCAACGCUCGGCAACCCCACCAAGAACAACGGCUACGAACGCAGCGCCUCGGUCAACGACGAAAUGAUGGAACGGCUUUCUAACGAUCAAGGUGCUGAAGAUUUACGGGUGAAGAACGAGAAUGACUACCACCAGAGCGGGUACAACAACUCGCCGCCGCCGCCAACUCCACUCCCGCCGGCCAACUACCACGACAAGCCCGCCGCCACGUCGCCCGUGCCGCCCAAACCCAGCCCCGACCUCUGGCCUCCCAAACCCAUGAUCACGAGCAAAUCCGGCGGCAUAGCUACUGCUGAUGGAUACACAUUAUUGAAUAUAUUUUAUGAGAAAUGCUUUAUGAAGGCUCAGUGA